AUGGAUCCAGAUAUUCUUGAAUUGCGAGGAUUCAUUCGCGAUCCUAAAAACGUGGAUGAACUCCUACACAACCGUCGAUUGUAUGAAGAAUUCGUAUUUAAAUAUGAGAUCUAUCUCGCAAAUGUAGUGAAUUCUCACACCUUUUUCAAUUCCUAUGGUCCCAUCCAACUUGGCCACUUCAGAGACGUAUCCAAUAAAUGUACCAGCAUCUACUUUCUCAAAGGAAGAACCCAGGGAAACAAAUCAGCUAUACCAUCCGUCCACCGAUAUAUAUCAGAACAAUGGUUCGAAGGAAAUAUUCACAAUAAAGAUAUCACAUUUCAACGCUUUUUUGCCAAAAUAGUGCUCAUGUCACCAUCGUACGAAAUCGAUCAUUGUGUUGAACUCCACAAGAUUUUUUGCAGAAAAUUUGAUGGCCGCAGAAAGAAUCGAAUCCUCUCCUUAAAAAGUAAAGAUAACCACAAAGUCGCAAAACUACGGAGUUACGACCCAGCACUAGAAACGGAAGAUCCUCAUGAUUCAAAAGACUAUAGAAUCACAUCCUUGUUCCGAAGUGUGAUGAUUAUUAUGAGAGAUUGCAAACUCGAUGUGCCAGCCGCCGAACGAAAAGUGUUAUUGAUGAGAGUUGGGAUCAAGAACGGACUUGUUUUAUCCUUCAACUUUGAUGGAGUUGAACAAGUCGAGGAUGAUGAUCCCGAUUUCAUACCUCCAAUCAAUAGCAUCAUAACAACCUUAAGAGAAGCGGUGGCAUUCAUCAUGCGACUCCACAAAUCGUUUGAGAGUGUUUUCCCAUCAUCAAAUGAACGGAACACUGGAACAUUCAUCACAGACUCCGGAAAGUCAGUAUCCUUGACGACGGCAGAGGAAAUAGGAUAUGGAGGAAGGGAAGUCGUGGGACCAAGCACUAAUUGGGUCAAUCCAACCUCCGAAAAUAUUCCUCACAAUUGCUACAAAGAUUUCUGCCAUGCGUCGUAUGCUGAGAUGAGAGAUGGAUUCUAUGAUGAGGAUUCAGAAGCGAGAAUUCAACGAGAACCAGGGGCACCUACAUAUGGUCCGAGCAGUCAACUAACCUUACCUAUAAUACCAACUCCUAGCUUCAGCAUUAGCACGAACUUCGACACUCGAAUGAGUUUCGCUAACAUCGCCAACGAUUUGUUCUCAAUCUCGCAUGAUGUCUCAUCAGCUACAAGAUAA